AAACAAGCAAACUAUUCAGUGCUCCUCCUGCACUUUCAAAGACCCCAGUGCUCUUUCGGCUGCAGGAAGCAAGCGCUAACAGGCACUCAACAGUUACAGUCCACAGUCUCGCCUGUUGGAUGGAUAAGCUGCUGGUGGAGUCUUCCCAACUGGCAACAUGGCUCUUCCAGCAGGUUCUCCACUGCUUGAAAAGGAGCCCAAGAAGAAGGUGGCAUCAGAACUCAUCACACCCAGAUGCACAGAUGCUUUUCUGGACCACGAGACCUCCUACGAAUGUUGUUCCACCAACCCCUGCACAGGCUGUGUCUUGGCUUGCCGCAGGAGCCCUCGGCUUCUUACUAACGGCUACUACUUACUCACAGAGGACAGUUUUCUGUCUGAUGAAGACGGCAACAUCACGCUGAGUCUAUCCCAAACAAGUGUUACCUAUAAAGAGAAAUUAGUUAGAAUAUUUCGGAGAAGAAAGAGAAUCCGACGAUCCCUUGCUAGUUUGUUCAGUAUUGGAGCCUCUAAAUCAUGGUUGAACAGUACCACUAUUGACUUACCUCAUGUAGAGGAUGCUUGGUUUGAUGGAGACAUGAAGGGGGACACCAAUGAAUAUUAUGACACUGGUACCGUUGAUACUGCUUUCAACUGCAAAGCCCGAAGGGCAGAGAGACACAGUCUGGUACAAAAGAAGCCCUCUUCUUCGAAAGAUGCAACUUGGACAAAACCAAGAAAAGAGCAGCAUUAUUCACCUACUUGUAUCUUUCCCCCAGCAGAAGAGUACUUCUAUGAAAAAUCUUUGGACUGUUCAAAGCCUUUUACAGUAAGCCACGACCUCUGCCCAGUUAUUGUGCUCUCCAUGUGUUUGAUCAUUUCUCUCUGCGUAAGAUUCUUUUUGGGAGGACUGUUUACAACUCUGCUGAGCUUCUUGCUGUUGAUCAUCGUUUUAAUUUGUUCACUGGCACUUUUGUACUAGUCCCUUCGUGGGACCACCUGUCAGUUCAUGCGACCUACGGGGAAUAAUCAUCCUUUCCCUUCAGAAUCUUAUUUGUUUCCACAUUCUUCUGGAAUCCUUGCCUAAGCUACCUGUAGGAACAUCUGCAAUUUUUUGUUUGUUU